AUGGCGUAUAAUCAGUCGGACCCCUCGUCAACGAGGGGUUCUAUCUCCCAGUCCGACACAGCCAUUCUAGAGGUCUUGAUUCCGGGGUAUACGUUUAUCUCCCGCAUCUUGCUUUCCUAUCUUCACAUUGACCUGGCCGCUUAUCUACAAUAUUUCAUUGCACUGGCCUUGUUUGGUGUCUCCAUGCGAUAUCUCUCCGAAUAUCUAACGCAAUUCUUUGAAACAUACCUCGUCUCCACGGCUGAGAUGCGCCUCGACGAUGAGCUCUUCAAUUACUUCAUGUAUUGGUGGUCCCGACAGCGCCAUGUGAAGCGCACGAAUCGAUUCUUGGCCGGUGUCCGGACAAAUGGCUAUUGGAGUGAUGGUGAAGACUCUGACCACGAGGAUUCGGAUGGUGAAGACGACGAAUGGGAGGGUGGCAACGGCUCUAUGAGUGCAGAGUCUUUCGAUGACUAUUGGACUAAAGUCAUCAACCGCGACAAGUAUAAAAGACUGCGCUUUACACCUGCGCAGGGUCGUCACUAUUUUUGGUAUCAGGGGCGAUUGCUGAUGCUGGACCGACGGUAUGAGCAAACCACAGCUCGUUGGGUGCUUAACAACGAGAAGCUGUACCUGUCAUGUUUAGGCCGGGACCCUUCCAUCAUUCAUAAGCUGCUCUCCGAUGCACAGCACAAAUUUGUCGAGCGUGAUGGCAGCCGAACGAUUAUUUACCGCGGACAAAGAUGCUCCUCUGGGGCUACAUUCAGUUGGAGCCGGUGCAUGUCUCGACCACCGAGACCAUUGGACACUGUUAUCCUGGACGAUGCCCAGAAACAAACAUUCCUGGCGGAUAUCGAAGACUACCUCGAGAAAGGUACCGCCGAAUGGUAUGCCGAGCAUGGAAUCCCGUACCGUCGUGGAUAUCUUCUUUCAGGGCCUCCGGGCACUGGCAAGUCCAGUCUUUGCUUCGCCGUGGCAGGCAAGCUUGGACUGAAGAUCUAUCUUCUUAAUUUGAGCUCUCGAUCCCUGGAUGAGGACAACCUAUACUCUCUGUUCUCCGAGCUGCCACGACGAUGCAUACUCCUCGUUGAAGAUGUCGAUACCUCCGAGAUCACCCAUAGUCGAGGAAAGUCCAUUUUCCCUCAGUCUGCUGCAAGCAAAGCCGGUAACUUGCCACCGAAGACAUCCUCCCCGGAUGAGACCGGCAAGAACACUUCAAAGGAGAAGACAGAACAAACUGGAAUCACGCUUUCCAGCUUACUGAAUGUGCUUGACGGCGUGGCUGCCAGUGAGGGCCGUAUCCUCGUCAUGACAACCAACCACCCCGAAAAACUAGACGAUGCACUUCUGCGCGCAGGCCGUGUUGAUAUGCAGAUUGAGUUCAGACUCGCGAUUUCUGAAGACAUUGAGAAGCUCUACCAGUCGAUCUACUCAGUCUCGAGAGAGGAACGCGCUCGUCCAUCACCUCGCCGCGAGACUGGAAGCAAACUGCGGUUGCAGAAUGGUAGCGCAGACCAUGGAGAUGAGUCAAAGGGAACGGAAAACCUUGACAAUGGAGAGGCCGAAGAAAAUAAGCCAAACGGUGUCCAAGGACGCCGGCAAAUACUGCAGUCUCGUAUUGCGUCUCUUGCUAAGGAUUUUGCUUCUCUUGUCCCCAGUGGAGAGUUUUCUCCAGCUGAGAUCCAGGGAUAUCUCCUCAAACACAAAGAUCACCCGGAGAGAGCGAUCAGAGAAGUCGCAGCAUGGGUCGAGGAUGAGAAGGAGAAGAAACGUGCAAAGAAGGAAGCCGAGACCAAGGCCAAGGAAUCCGAGAAAAAUGGGUCCUAA